AUGGUCUCUUCUGUCCCCAUCCUCAUAGGAACCAACUUUUCCGAAUGGAAAGAGAAAGUUGAGUUCAAAUUAGGUGUACUAGAUUUGGACUUGGCACUUCGUGAAGAAGAGCCUAGCCAACUCACUAAUGAUAGUACUGAGGAAGAAAAGGCUUUCCAUAAAGCGUGGGAGAAAGCUAACAGAUUGAGCAUCAUGUUCUUAAGGAUGACAAUAGCUAGCAACAUCAAAACUUCCCUUCCAGUUGCAGAAAAAGCUAAGGCUUAUCUAGCGGCUAUAGAAGAACGGUUUAAGACUGCAGAUAAAUCCCUUGCUAGGAAACUUAUGGCAGAUCUUACAACCAUGGCACAAGGUCUAUGCAUGAACAUUGCAUUGAAAUGA